AUGUCGAACCUCGACACGGCACUUUCGCAAAGACAUAGGCUUUCCAUAUGGCAUGUAUAUCGCAGCGGCCUUGAAAACCUCUCCAUCACGCCAUUUCUUGUCCCAGAAAAAGAAUAUGGAAACAGCAGUAAUCGGAACCGGACACGUGAAGACGGCACGUCUGGAAAUCACUCUGCGAAACCAAGUGGCUACUUCGUGCAACAUCCCUCUCUCUUGUUUCAUAACACGCCUCGGAUUCUUCGGCGCGGACACGAAAAGGGAGGUGAUCCGAUUUGCAUCAUCAAGCUUGGGGCCUUUUGGCGAAGCUGGCUGGUCCAGUUCAGUGACGACCUGAAGAAUGUCCUUGAUCCAAGAGGCUUGGUCAGAUGGGAAUGUCGCAGUAAUUCAGACAACUCCAUUUCCAACGACCGAGAGUGGAAGGGGUACAAGGUUCGCUCAUGGAGAGUAUGGGGAGAAUCUGGGGGUGAAUAUCAUCGAAUGGUGAAUGCCAGACGGAAGGCUUUAAAAGAGGAGGAAGAGGCUGAAGGUCUGAUGGGGAGGAGCAAGGGCAAAACCAAAGCACAUGACCUGGAAAUGGGUGUUGUUAAAGGUGGAAGUGAUUUGGUGAGUGCGUCACAGAACAGGGAGGAUUCGGAUGACGAAAAUGCACAACAUUCUUCUUCCACACCAUCGCUGCCUACCGAGACAUCUCAAAGAUACCUUGCCGAUGAAGCACUCCGUCUCCAGUGGAGGUCCCCAUUCUCAAUCAACACCCGAAAUUAUUGUUUUGAAUACGCUGGCAUCCAGUUUUUUUGGGAGGGCACUCGGGAUAUACACUCUGAUCAUGGUUGGAGCAGAAAUCUUUUGCCUUUCAACCACUUGAACCUGGUUGCCAGGAUUCCUGGCCCUGUCGAAGAAGAGAUACUUGUUGCUCAGUACAUCUCAAGCUUUUCCAACGACAAGCAUGGCCAGUUGUGGGUUUUUGAUUCUGCAGUUACAAGAUUGCUUGAGAAAACCGGACACCCUUCAAAGUGGAUCAAAAUAACCGAAAACAACGAGCGAUUUUCACUAGAUAUUUACUGGGAUGUUCAACAGACUCGAUUGUACGAUAUUGUUAUGGCGACGUCGAUGUGUAUGAUAAUUGGCGAGUGGCAGAAGCGGGCGAUUCUUUGGAUGUUCAUUUCCACAUUAUACUCGGCUGCUGUGCUUGGCAUCUUAUGA